GAAAUCUGUUGUGGGUUUGGACGAUCUGACGGACCCAACCCGUUACCUGCCUUCGGAAACCUAAUCGCGGCGACGGCGUCUUCCUCCGAGAGGCUCUUCCCCUCUCUCUCUCUCUCUCUCUCUCUCCUCCUUCAGUGUCGCCCCCUCACGCAGCCUCCGGCCAGCGGCUUCCGUGCGCAAGGCAGACCUCCAUGGUGUCUUCUUCUCACGGUAACUCUUAUCUGUUUCUCUUUCCCCUCCCCGCUGUCCUCUCCUCCGCCGCCGCCCCUUGCCUUCUCCACGACAGCUCCCUUAUCCCUCCUCCUCCUCCCGCGCCGCCCGUCGCUGUCCUCACCUUGUCCUCCUCCGUCGCCCCCCGCCGACCCCGAUAGCCAUCCUCGCCGUCCUCUGACUCGUCCUUCGAUCUCGACAGUCCCCCACUCCACCAUCCUACUCCGACCCCGACGGGCCCCGAUAGUUUCACCCCUCUUCGCCUUCUCUCUGCAUCUUCCUCUCCCCUCCCAACCAACAGUCAACAGCAUGCUCCCUUUUUCUUCUCCUCUCUGCUUCUUGCUCUCCUUCCCUCUGUUUCUUUCCUUUUUCUCUUUCUCUCUCUUGUUAAUCGUUAUCAAUAAUAGUCUAUACGGAUUUGAUGAUCAUUGUCUUUCUUGAGAGAAAUUGUUGGAUUUUUAAUGAUGUAUGCAAGAGUCUGAGGACCUGAGAUCAGCAUAGGUCUUUCAAUCCUUGCAGAUCUGAGAAUAAUAUAUGCUCGAUAUUGUUGAACAUUACAUUUGUUUUCUAUUUCAACUAAAGAUACACCAUAUGAGACUACAGAGGAGCCUCGAGGCCUGUAAGUUUGGAAUUAUUAAUUAUUUCGAUGCACUUAAGCUCCAAGAAAGGCUUGCUUCUGAUAGAAAAUCCGGUAAAAUUCUGGAUACUAUCCUAUCCCUUCAGCAUCCACCAACAUAUACACUUGGAAAAAGGCGAACAGAUCAUAACUUAUUGGUGUCUGGGGCUGAUCUUAAAACCAUGGGUGCUGAGCUUCACUACACAGAAAGAGGUGGUGACAUCACAUUUCACGGACCAAGGCAAGCUAUUCUUUAUCCCAUUGUUUCUCUGAGAGAUGUUGGAUGUGGUGCAAGGAAUUAUGUUGAAGGGCUGGAGUCAGUGAUGAUAGAAGUAGCUUCCUUCUAUGGUGUCAACGCCCAUGCGGGAAAAACAGGUGAGACCGGGGUGUGGGUUGGUGACCGAAAAAUUGGUGCAAUUGGUGUUCGAAUAAGUUCAGGCAUCACUUCACAUGGAUUGGCCUUCAAUAUUGAUCCUGAUCUGAGCUACUUCAAGCAUAUUGUGCCUUGUGGAAUUCCGGACAAAGGUGUUACAUCCUUAAAAAGAGAGACAGAGAUGGAAUUACCACCUGAUGAAGUGAUCCAUGAGCAGCUGAUUCACUGCUUUGCGAAGGUAUUUAGAUUCAGUGACAUCCAAUGGAAAACACAAUGAUGAGCUCAAGUGGCGGUUACAUAAUUCAUGGCAAUGGUCUGACUGAUCACUUGAAUGGUGCAUAAAUUCAUCUACUUCUAACCUGUUCAUUGAAGUGUUUUUUGUGUGAGCCUUCUCAAUAAUGGAAGUGGGUUUUAUUGUGUCGGGUGGAUCAAUGAAAAUUAGGUUGCUGAAAUGUUCCAUUUCCCAUCCUUUGUGAUCUGUGUGAAGAAGAAAUUUUCAUUUGAUGGA